AUGCCUGUCAUGACCAUCGAUACACCACCAGUCAGUUCUCGGAAACGUCCUGUUGCAGCUUUAUUCAACAACGCAAGCUCAUCGCCUGUAGAGAGUCGCUCUAAAAUCCACAAAGUUAGCAGAGCUUGCGAUCUCUGCAAGUCUAAAAAGGCGAAAUGCAGUGGCACGAAACCUUGCGAUUACUGCUCAAAGAAAGGACUUGAAUGUUCAUAUGAUGCUAAAUAUUCCCGGGGGCGUCCUCCUACUCCACCAGCUGCUGUCACGCAACCAACCGUCGACUUGACAAUACAACCAGAAACCCGUGGCCCAAGUGAAGACGAACCAAACAAUGAGGAGCUCCCUCUCCAGAUUCCUAUCAGUGACCCUCAGGGCCACAAAGAGCCGCAAACCGACAGCAUGAACUCUCCUGUCGAAGGAAAUAAUCCAUCUCGUGCUUCACCUGACCUUGAAGUUGCAGAGAUUGAAGGGCAAUAUUUUGAUCCGACAUCAGGGCUUACCUUUUUGCAUCGUGCCUGGAAACGUCUAGCGACGCAAAAGAGUUCAGCGAACAAUGAAGGCAAUGAAAAGAGACAGAUGUGGAUGGCAGCCGGGGACGAACCAUUCGCAGAAAAGGGAAAUAUAGUACCGGAACUCCCCGAAAAAACCGUCUCAAAGGAUCUACUUUCAUUUUACUUUGAUGUUUGUGUGGUAACUUAUCGAUUCCUCCACAAAUCCAGCGUCACAACGUGGGUCGACGCUAUGCACCACAACGUUCAACAAGAUCUUCCCCUUUGGAACGGCGUGGGACAAGCUCGAGCAGCUAUUGUAUUCUCCAUUCUCGCUAUCGCAUCUAUCAGGCAAGAAAAGAUAAAGGGCAUAGGAUCCCCAGAUCAAGAGGCCACAUCUCUCAAGAUGAGCGACCGAUACUUUCGAGCCGGCAUGAAGCUACUAACAGAAUCAGAGACCGGAUUGCCUAGAUUGGAAUCGGCUCAGGCCCGCCUCAUACAAGUUCUCUACCUUCUCCAAACAGCACGUAUGAAUCAAGGAUGGUACGCAUUCGGUAGUGCUGUCCAGAUCAUAUCCGCGUUGGCCCUCCACCGGAAGUCUGGAAGAAAACGAAAUGUAACAGGCCGGCUAUCUAAUGCGGACUAUAUUAACUCCCAGUAUCGGAAAAGGACCUUUUGGGUCGCUUAUACCAUAGAUGCCUACCUAGGCGUUGUAUUCGGCCGGCCUCGCCACUACCACGAUGACGAUAUCGAUCAAGACUUCCCCGACUGCGUGAAUGACGAAGAUAUGACGCAUCAGGGGCCGGCAGUAACAGAAGCAGAAGAAGACUGCCAUGUCGAAGCAUUGAUAUUCCAUGCAAAGCUCGCUCAGAUCAUUGGAGCUAUAUCAAAAGAAGUAUACUCAACUCAGAAAAUGCCAAAGAGGGACAGAUUAGCGGCUGCAGAUAGACUAGGUAAUCAGCUCAAAGACUGGAAAACCACCCUACCCGCACAUCUCGGACGUAUCCGCCCAUCUAGUUUGAUUCCUAGUUUUCGGCGUCAAGCUAUGGCCAUGAAGUUAGCGCACUCUCACGCCGUCCUCCACGCGUACCGCCCAUUUCUCAUGAGGCAAACAACCCAGCAAUCUCAACUCCCACUUUCGGACAGCGUUCUCCAAUGUUUAUCUGCUGCGAAGGUGGCUUUGCAAACGGUAGACGGGAUGGCGGCGGAUGGAAGCCUUUUUCACGCUUUCUGGUGGACACACUACGUAUUAUUCUGCGCUCUUUCUGUAGUCUAUGUAUGGGAAAUUCAACAAAGCACUUCAUCUGGGCAACAUUACGGGUUCGAGGGUGCAAUUCAACUCUUCGAGCUGGCAGAAAGAUGUCACUCGCAUCUCACCCGAGAAAUGACAGCAUGUUCCCCAAGCAAGCGCUACAGCGUGAUCUUGGAGGAAUUAAGACUUGAAGCGAAGCAUAGAUCAGCCAAAAACACUCCUCAAGUAAUUGUUAUUCAAACGCCACAUAUGCACGCUGACUCCUCAAAGUUUCCGCCAAACCCAUUUAGCGAGUCAGAAGCGAGUCAAUUGUAUAGCAACCCGGGUGACGCGAUAAUAUAUGAUACGAAUCCAAUAUGGAACGAAUGGCAGACAGGAGACUGGUUAGAUUUGGAUGGAUCGGCCUUUGGCCCGUUUUCCGAUACUGAAGGGUCUCCCGUAUUUUGGUUUAACGAAAUUACCGAAGCCCAAACCGACACAGCAUAG